CGCGCACGGGGGCGGUCUGGUCUGGGGCUGCCUCGGUCUGAGCCUUGCGAGUCCGUGAGCCGUAAUCGCCUUUCUCCUGCAGCCCGAAGCCUCUGCCUCCAUCCGCCUCCGGUCCAAGCGCACGGACACCGGGAGAACCGAGCGGGGACAGCGGGGACAGCGGCACCGACUCCCGGGGACCCAGCGCGCCGAGCCGAACCGCAGCACCGACGCCCAAUCGACAGGGCCCAGGAUGUCGAGUGAAGUGCAGCGUGCAGAUGACAGCCCGAGCACGAGCGGGGGCAGCUCCGACAUCGAGCAGAGAGAGCCUCCUCCUCCAGAGCAGGACCGAGAAUCUGCCCAGCCCAAGAAGAAGGAGACCAAGAUCUCCAGCAAGACGGCCGCCAAGCUCUCCACCAGCGCCAAGAGAAUUCAGAAAGAACUAGCCGAGAUAACACUAGACCCUCCUCCAAACUGCAGUGCUGGUCCUAAAGGAGACAACAUCUAUGAGUGGAGGUCCACCAUCCUGGGCCCCCCCGGCUCCGUGUACGAGGGAGGCGUCUUCUUCCUGGACAUCGCCUUCACUCCAGACUAUCCCUUCAAACCUCCAAAGGUGACGUUUCGUACCCGGAUCUACCACUGCAACAUCAACAGUCAGGGCGUGAUCUGCCUGGACAUCCUGAAGGACAACUGGAGUCCGGCCCUCACCAUCUCCAAGGUGCUGCUGUCCAUCUGCUCCCUGCUCACGGACUGUAACCCAGCGGACCCUCUGGUCGGGAGCAUCGCCACACAGUAUCUGACCAACAGAACGGAACACGACAGAAUAGCCAAACAGUGGACCAAGCGAUACGCCACAUAGACUCUCUCACCUGACCCCGCCCCCUGUCCCUCUCAGCCCCUCCCCCUACUCUCUCUCUCUCUCUCUCUCUCUCUCUCUGUCUACCUCUGGCCCCGCCCCCUCCCGUUCAUCAGACCUGUCCGUCAAAGCACACUCGCCCCGCCCCCUCCCUCCGUGUCCUUCCCGUGUACAAAAACUCCACGUGUUUCUCUGUUACUCCCCUUUCGACUCGGAAGAUUUGUUUUUUUUAUACGAAGAGUAGUCCUGGGACUUUUUUAUUUCCGAUUCCCGAGCGUUGGAUUCGCGGAGGACUUCUUUGCACCUGUUUUUUUUUUUUUUUUUUCUUCUCGUGGCUCCUGAUCUGAUCCUCCGUGCAGAUUCAGUUUUUACUUUCCCUGAUUUCUGCUUCUGGAGUUUGUUUUCUGCAUGGAACAGGCCGGACCCGUGGUUUUACUGCCGUUUGCGUUCGGGUUUGUACUGUAACGUUUGUUUUUUCAGAGCUUUUUGGAGGCAGACCGCUCGGGCGAAAGGUCGGCCGGUGACAGAGGCAGGACUUGUAAAUGUGACUGGCGCCCCCUACAGCUGCGGAGUGGUUUGUCGUGCACUUGUAUUACCGAAGCACCCAAUAAAACACACUGUGGUCGGCUCGUG